AUGGGGCUGCUCGCUUUGGGAACCCCGCUGGAAUGGCCAGAGGCCAAAAAGGUCGCCAGCAAAGUCCGCUCCUGGGGCAUCGAACAACUCCUAGCUAUUUGGGGAAACGCCAAGGGCAAAGAGAGGGCAGCACUGCUCUGGGGUGACGAGAUCGAAUAUCUCGUCGUGUGUUACGAUGAGCAGAACCGCAAGGUCCGCCUGUCGCUGCGACAGGCUGACAUUCUAGCGGCGCUAGCAAACGACGAAAAGCUACUGCAAGAAGGCGGCGGCGUCCCUGAAGUACAGAGAGGCUCAGCAAAGGAGGGCGAGACCGCCCCUGUCUUCCAUCCCGAGUUUGGACGCUUCAUGUUGGAAGCUACCCCUGGAAAGCCAUGGGGUAUCGGGUUCAAAGAUCUUUUAGACGUUGAGCCUAACAUGAAGUGGAGACGAAUGAUAGCCAAGGACCACAUGGAAGCGACUGAGUAUCCGAUCACACUAACCACCUUUCCCCGGCUUGGCUCGCCUGACUGCAUCGUGCCGGCAUACCCUGCUUCCGGCCCGAAGCUUCGAUCUCAGUAUGUGCCCGAUGAGAUCGCUAACCCGCAUAUCCGCUUUCCGACCUUGGCAGCCAACAUCCGCUGGCGAAGAGGCAGGAAAGUCGAGAUCAAUGUGCCAGUCUUCAGAGACGAAAAGACACAGUGGCCAUUCAAGGACCCUACUGUGAAUUAUGAUCUCCACCGAUGGCCUGAAGAUGACGAUGUUCGCAACGGUGCUGCCAAAGACAACCACAUCUAUAUGGAUGCCAUGGCUUUUGGAAUGGGAAGUUGUUGCUUGCAAAUCACAUUCCAGGCCAAAAACAUUCAGGAGGGACGUACGAUGUACGAUCAGCUCAGUCCUCUUGGCCCUAUUUUACUCGCGUUGACAGCGGCGACACCAAUCUACAAAGGGUUCCUGGCUGACACUGAUGUUCGAUGGAACCAGAUUAGCAGAGCAGUGGAUGAUCGAACCCCAGAAGAACUUGGAGAGAAGCCUCUCCAGAAUGACAGAUGGCGUCUACCCAAGUCUCGCUACGCCUCCAACUCAACAUACAUAUCACAGGACCCACGUCUACGGCGCGAAUACCUUGACCCUGACCUUGUAGUUGACGAAGAUAUCAAGCAGCGCCUAGUAGAAGGUGGCAUGGACGAUCUUCUUGCCACUCACUUUGCGCACCUGUUCAUCCGUGAUCCAAUCGUGGUCUUCGCCGAAGAUCUCGAGACUCUGGACCUCUCCAAGGCUGAUCAUUUCGAGAACCUCCAGUCCACCAACUGGCAGCACAUGCGGUUCAAGCCUCCGCCACCAAACACCGACAUGGGAUGGCGCGUCGAAUUCCGCCCGAUGGAGAUCCAAAUAACCGACUUCGAAAAUGCCGCAUUCAGCAUCUUCAUCGUUCUCAUCACGCGAGCAAUUCUAAGCUUCAACCUAAACUUCUACCUGCCGAUCCAGCGGGUUUCUGAGAACAUGGAAACCGCCCACAAGCGUGAUGCACUGUCAGCAGACAAGUUCUGGUUCCGCAAGAACCCCUUCGGUUCGCACUCGCACUCUACCGGCACGUCCACUCCCGCCGAAGGUAGCAGGCCGCCCACGCCCGUCGGCCCCGUCGAAGACGAAUACGAACUGAUGACCAUCAACGAGGUCAUCAAUGGACAGCAGUCCGCCGAGGGCAAAGACUGCUUCCCCGGACUGAUCCCUUUGGUGGAAAGUUACCUCGACAGCAUGAAUGUCGAUGUCGAGACGCGCUGCGAUCUCGCACGUUAUCUGGAUCUGAUCCGCAAGCGUGCGGAUGGAACGUACUGGACUGCAGCGAAGUGGAUACGGCAUUUUGUGCAGACACAUCCGAAGUACGAGAAGGAUAGUGUGGUCGGCGAUGAGAUUACGUAUGAUCUUGUCAAGGCGACGGAGCAGAUUACAAGAGAGGAGGGCAGAGAUGGACUGGGGAAGGAGAUGUUGGGGAAGAGGCGCUGA